AUGCUCCACCUAUACAUUCUCACCCUAUUCACGCUCGUCUGGCAUGCCCUUACUGUGCAUGGCGCCGCCGUGAGUCAAGUCUCGCGCCAGAAAUGCCAGGCCUCGGGCAAGCACUGCCCAGCCGGGACCAUCAUCGUCUCUGCCUCUGACGAGCGCGCCGACUUCACAACUGUGCAGGCUGCCAUUGCCUCUCUCCCUGAUGACAGCUCCACGCAAACGAUUCUCAUCCUCGCCGGCUCGUAUGUGGAGCAGCUCAACGUCACCCGCGCCGGGCCGAUCACCCUGCUCGGCCAGACCGAUGCCUCGACCGACGCCACCAAGAACCAAGUCACUAUCACCUGGGCCGCAGCGAACAAGGACAGCACCGGCCAGAGUGUCGAUAACGUCUACUCCAGCGUGCUUGUCGUGGCGCCCACUCUGGACGCGAGCCUGACGGGUUCCGGGACGACGGGCUAUGCUGUGCCCGAUGACACCCCCUUUGGAAACAAGAACUUCCGCGCGUAUAAUAUCGACUUCACGAAUACGUGGGCCGAGUACUCGGACGGCCCGGCUCACGCGCUGAGCUUCAGCAGAGCCAAUGGCGGCUUCUACUACUGCGGGUUCUACUCGUAUCAAGACACGGUCUACGUCGGCAAAUUCGGCAACGCCUACUUCUAUAAGUCCAUCCUCGCAGGCCAAACCGACUUCCUGUACGGCUUUGGCACGGCCUGGAUCCAGUCCAGCGAGGUCCUUCUCCGCGGCUGCGGCGGCGGCAUCACUGCCUGGAAAGGCACCAACACGACCUUCACCAACAAGUACGGCGUCUACAUUGUAGACAGCAACGUGCGCGCGGCCAAUACCUCCGUGGCGCCGGAUAUCGCGGGCUCGUGUGCACUCGGCCGCCCGUGGAACUCGCAGCACCGGUCAAUCUUUGCGCGCUCAUUUGAGGACGGCAGUAUCGAGCCCAGUGGGUAUAUCGACUGGGUGGUCUCUGGGGUUGCGCGGUACGAGCCCGGCGUGACGCUGAUGGCGGAGUAUGAAGUGUAUGGGCCUGGGUUUAAUGCGACAGGCCGGAAGGAGGGGAAUGUGACGACGGAACUGGGGAGUGCCGGGUGGAAGCCGUAUAGUGAGCCGGCGAGGGUGUUUCAGAACCAGGCGGGAGUGUUUGGAAAUGUGGGGUGGAUUGAUUGGGAGACGGUGGGUGCGAAGUGA